AUGCCUCGGAUAAACCUCCCGCCGCUCACCAGGGGCAUUCUGGCCGCUGUCGUCUUCUUCACCCUCAUCAACUUCGCCCUGCGACCGCAUGCUGACUGGGUGGAAAAGGUCGAGAAGCCCAUCAUCGGCGUCGGCAACGGUGUUCCAUGGCUCACCAUAGUCCCUCGCCACUCGGUGCCGUGGUAUCCCUGGGUAUUUGCUCUCGCGACUGUAGUGGAGCAGAACCUGCUCGGCCUCAUCACCACCGGCCUAACCGUCUUCUAUGGCGGACGCUACCUGGAACGCGCGUGGGGGUCUCAUGAGUUCACCAAGUUCAUGCUGUUCGUGGCCAUGAUACCAAACAUCCUCACAUAUAUUCUCUACCUGGCUGGCUACUUAAUCAUGAGCAAAGGCUCCAUGAUGCAAACCACUAUCUCUGGCGGCAUUGCUAUCCAGGCAGGCUUCCUCGUCUCGUUUAAGCAACUCGUUCCCGAACACACUGUGGCCAUUGCGAAGGGUCUCAUCCGCAUGCGCGUCAAGCACUUUCCCGCCAUAUUCUUACUCACAAACACAAUUUCUGGCAUAGUCCUGGGCACUGAGACGGCCAUGUUCCUGGCAUACUUUGGCUUCAUGACUGCGUGGAUCUACCUUCGAUUCUACCGCAUUAGCCCCUCACUAUCAUCUUCGUCUACUGGAGACGCUUCUUAUAUUCGGGGAGACGCUUCAGACACCUUCAGCUUUGCUCACUUCUUCCCUGAGCCCAUCCAGACCCCUGUGGGAGCGCUGGCUGACGGCAUCUACAAUGCCAUGAUAUCACUCAACGUUUGUACCCCAUUUUCAGACAGAGACAUAGACGCGGGUAACGAGCAGGCCACCGCUCGUGCCGAGGGGGGCCUACCAAGCAUCAUGAAUCCCAACAGCAGGGGCGGUCGAGGCGGAGCAACACGCGCUGAGGCAGAGAGGCGACGAGCUUUAGCCCUUGAAGCACUGAACGCGCGCUUGAACGCAGCCGCUUCCCGAAGCGCACCUGCAUCUGCUCCAGCUACGGCUUCCGUCUCCGGACCUUCCGAGUCGUUAGGGGAAACGAAUUACGAGCCGGAACGUUCCGAGCCGCCAGCCAGACCUUAG